CUGGAUACCCCCGCAGUAGUUUCCAGACAAAGCUAAGGUAGCAUCAGUUUAAAAACAGCGGUAACAGUCGUCACAUACACCAUCCGCUCAGUCACGCACGCACCGCCGUUUUACCGCAGUGCAUCUGCAGCAUCUUCUGAUGUGAGCGACAGUGGUACCGCUGUGGCGUAGGAAAAAAACAUCGUCAAUUGGUACCGGACGUAUUUGUUACGUGUUUAGGGUAUUUUUUGGUCUGGCUUUAAUGUAGCCGGGUUUUUUCUGCAAUGCCAGCACCACGGGAGCAUCUCUUCUACUAGCACGGUGUCAUUAACGUUAGAUAGGUGAAAUUAAAAGUCUUUCCACAUUCAGCUGUCACCGCAGGAGAGGACAGCAUGUUUGUUUUUCUCUGAAGAGACGACUCAGCUCGAGGAGAGGAGGCCUUUAAAUUCAGGACAGUAGGCUCUGAUUUCAGUGAUCCGAUUAUGGAUAACUAUCUUUAGACCAUUAGAUUGGUCUGCAUUUAAUAUUGGUAGCGCAUAGCACACAAGAGGUAGCCAUUUAAUUACUAUAAUAGAGCAUGCAAAUUAAUUACAUAUGCACUGGAAUGUAAGUGUAUUGUUGACGUUCAGUCUGUAGCUUGCAUGUUGCACAUUAUAUAAACACAUUUAUUAUAAUAUCUGUCUGUAAUUUGCCAACACAAGAGAGCAGAGCAGGUCCAAUGAUUGCUCUGUGCAGCUCACAUUAGGACCUCAGGGAUAAAGACAAUCAAAUCUCAGGGUGUUAAUCUGGGAAAUACUGUGAGUCACCAGAUAGAUAUCUGGAUUGCUUGAUAUCCUACUUGAUAAUUGAAAGCAGAAAGCACACCACAUGAAUGCACUGUUUGAAUAGACAUACUUGAGGGGCUGUCUCAAAAGCAGGAAUAAUUUGUGGCAAUAAAUUUUGUCAUCAACACGAAACUGUUGCUGGCUUGAGCCAAAGAACUGAGACACUAGUGGUUACGUAGGACUGUUAGGACAUUAUAGACACAUUUAGGUGUAUAAGGAAGGACUUCAGACAGAUACAUUUUUGCACUUAAUGCAUGUUUAGCUGCUAGCUUUCUAAAAAACACUUGAUAGUAGCCUUUACUUUACUAGCACAGCGUUUUAAAAUUCACAGAUAUACUCCAGUCUUCUUAAAACUAUAAACAAAAAGCUUUGCAAAUAUCCAUUCAAUUACUACAAACUUGGAGGGACUCAGUUUAUGAGUGUCUUCUUCUAGGGCUCCAUACUUGGAGCAUCAGUGUUUGUACUUCUUCAGGCUCCUCAUUAAAUAAAACCGCUACUCUAAAUCCUCCGACAUGAAGGGAAAAUUACACCUACUGUUCUUUUGUCUUCUCUACACCAUGAUAGCCGUAUACCAGUGUCGUGGGGCCUGUGCAGAGGUGGACUCUGACACGGAGGCAGUGGCGGGCAAGGGCUUCAAACUGGGCUGCAUCUCCUGCAAGAGGAGGAGUGAGGUGGAGGCUACUGCCACUGUCGAAUGGUACUUCAGGGCCAAAGGAGAGGCCGACUUUGUUCAUAUCUACAGCUACAAUGAGGACGGCCCCACCAUUGAACACGACAACUUUAUGGACCGUGUGGAUUGGAACGGAAGUAAGAGGAGCAACGACAUCCAGGACGCGUCCAUAUACCUGCUCAACGUCACCUUCAAUGACUCGGGCACCUACCGCUGCUUCUUCAACCGCAUCCUCAUCUAUGCUAACUAUGAGUACGAGACUCGUAUUGACAAGGUGGUCCACCUCACUGUGGUGGCUAAAGCUACCAGGGGAACAGCGUCCAUCGUGUCCGAGGUCAUGAUGUACGUGUCCAUCAUUGGCCUUCAGGUCUGGCUCCUCAUAGAGAUGAUAUACUGCUACAGGAAAAUAGCAGCAGCCGGGGAAGAAGCAUUACGAGAAGCAGCAAAUGCUGAAUAUUUAGCGAUAGCUUCCGAAAGUAAAGAUAACUGCACAGGAGUGCAGGUCGGAGAAUAGCACAGGCUUCUUCUGUGGACUGAAAACAUCCAUCCACCCUCUGACCUGCAUGUAGACAGCUUGGGGGAAAAACUCCUCAUCUCAAAUCUCUAUUUUACCUUUUCCUUGACAAAGAUCACAAAAUGGAUAUGACUUACGAAGAGAGCAUGGUACCAGCACUGUAUAUAGUGUUUUGCGUGCAAAAGCAUGUUCUGCACUUAAAGAGAAACCAUUAUGCAUUAAUGAGCCACAUGUCAAAAGCAUUAACUCAGUAUUUCUUUAAAUGUAUUUAGUCACAUUUAUAUGAACUGUUAAGUGGUACUACGGGGGUCUGUUGGAUUGUAAAAGAAAGCUUUUUACUACAUCAUCACCACUUAAUGUAUAAAUAAUGAGACACACUACAUGUAUGGUAAAGAUAUUUCUAAACUAGAAUGUGAUGGACUGAUAGAUUGUCUUUCCACUUGCUAGUUGUAAAUUCAAUGAAAUGUUAAGAUACUAAUAAAUACUAAUACUUAAGUGCUAAUAAAAACUGAAAAACUA